CCCGGAUCGGCAUGUCAUCAAUGUAGCGAGGAAUUGCGACCUUCGAUCGGCUUAGAGUCCGCGGAGCCGUUUCAUCGACGGUGUGCCGUGUCGCAAACCGCAUUCCUGGACGAACACUCUACAACCAAGCCAUCUUUGAAGAUGGCCAUUAGCAACGAGAGCGCAGUGGAAGCGAACGCCCGCAAGACCGUUGCGGAUCUGUUUGCCUUCAUUGAAGCACAAGGCCACAAAGACUACCUAGGAGAACGUGUGUCCCAAUUACAGCAUUCGUUACAAGCAGCAACGCUCGCACAGCAGGCUGGUGCCGACGACGAGACAGUUCUUGGCGCUUUGCUCCACGACGUCGGUCGGUUCAUCCCAGCCGCUGAGAAGAUGGAGAGCAUGAUAGCGCCGGACGGAACGUACGUUGGCGAAGCAAGCCACGAAGUUGUAGGUGAGCGGUACCUAAGGCAGCUGGGCUUCAGCGACAAGGUCUGUCAACUUGUUGGCGCCCAUGUAAUGGCAAAGCGAUAUCUCACCGCAGUCGACACAGCCUACUAUGAUGGGCUCAGCUCGAGCAGUAAAACAACACUCAAGUUUCAGGGCGGCCCAUUCGACGACCAGCAAGUUGCGGCUGCGCAGCAGGAUCCACUGCUUGAAGAUAAGCUCGCGGUGCGGAGGUGGGAUGAUCUUGCUAAGGAUCGAACGAUGCAAACACCACCAUUAUCGGCAUUCGAAGAGAUGGCUGUCCAUUCUCUUAUUCGAGCUCAGUGACUGACUCUGGCGUAUUCCAUUGGAUGGAAUGUGGCUUCAUAUCUGAGGUCCAUUGCCCGUUCAUAAUCCGAGGACAUAGUACCUGCGGCUGCUCCGGCAUCCACAAUCUGAUGAGGACAUCGCUCAGUGCAGCCAUUUUCGAACGUGUUUGCCCCAUGUCGUGGCAGG